GCGUUCAUUUGUGUCAUGAAGAAGUCUUGCAGGCUCUCAGUUUGCUCCCGUGGCUUCAACAGAUCGUGUUGUGGCCGUGCCUGCAUGCAUGUGGUUGCAGAGAAAUCUUUUUCACACUUGCAGGGAACGCAUGCGCGGAGAGGAAACCAACUGGUUUGUGUCAAGUCGGAGGCAGACGGAUGUGAUCGAGCUGAAAAUCACCUGUAUUCUGGCAUUCAUGGUGACACAUCCAUGGGCUCAGAGAGGGCGGAGAUGCGCAAGAGACAGAUGCAGGUUCAUCAGGAAGCAGCUGCCAGUGUCCUCCAAGCGCGCCACAAAAUGGGAAACACCCCCACCAACGCCUCAAACGCCUGCUGCUUCUGCUGGUGCUGCUGCUGUAGCUGCUCCUGUUUGACUGUUAGAGGUGACGAAGAAACCAUACAGAGGUCAACGUUUGAGCAGCAGCCAGAAGGAAACUCCAACUGUGAAGAAAGCCCGAAACCCACUGUGGACGAAGCUCGCUCCUGGGCGGUGUCGUUCGAGAAGCUGAUGAAAAGUGCAGCUGGGCGAAGCUGCUUCAGGCAGUUCCUGAGGACGGAGUUCAGCGAAGAGAACAUGAUGUUCUGGCUCGCUUGCGAGGAUCUGAAGAAAGAGACGAAUAAGACGGUGGUGGAGGAGAAAGUCCGCCAAAUAUACGAGGACUUCAUCUCCAUUCUGUCCCCGAAAGAGGUCAGCUUGGACUCCCGCGUCCGAGAGGUGAUAAACCGCAACAUGCUGGAGCCGACCUCGUGCACGUUCGACGACGCUCAGCAGCAGAUCUACACGUUGAUGCAGAGAGACUCGUACCCUCGCUACAUAAACUCACCCGCGUACACGGAUCUGCUGAACAGCUUGGAGGAGCCUCCCCCCGAGCCAUAAACUCUCUCCACUGCCCCACCGUUAGCUUUUCAGCGCAUGCACCCCCCCCCCCAAACACACACAUACUCAAACAAAAGGAGGAGCUUUUGUGUAAAAAGUCAGAGACCUGCUAUUUAGAAAAAGACGGACAGGAAAAUGAACCCAGCUGAAAGCCAGUCUUUAUCCAGCUGGUAACUGCUGUUUAUUUCCGCAUGAUUAGUGGAUUUCCAAACCCUUCAGAGCAACCGAGAACAAAAGCUAGGUUCGGCAUCUGUUACUGUAUUUGUUCAGAAAACAUAUCUAUAUUUUUAUACAUAUAUAAAUAUAUAUAAAUAUAUUCCCUAGCGCUUGACAUUGCACUUUUCUACCUUAUUUAAAGCGGGAAAGCAUGUAUCUGUGAGCACUGCAUUUGUAUUUAGGUAUAUUGUGAGCCUUAAUGCAUAUUCAGUUCUUGUAGAAACUUGUAGGUUUUAUUUAAAUGUACCUUAGGAAGAAAGGAAAGUGCCUUGGAUCAACAUCUUCUACACAAGCACCUUUUAGUCCGACGUGAACGGUGCGACAAUGACUUCACAUGUUGGUGCUUUCAGCUCUUCUCAAAGAUAUAUAUAUAUAUAUAUAUAUAUAUAUGAAAGGUUUUUACAACUCGAUGAGCUGAUACCCAGAGAUCGAUCUCGUCUGUGUGUUUCAAUACUGUGAUAUUAGUCAUAUAUUUAAUUUCAACAGAACAGGGAAAAAUAUGCUGAAUACAUGACCAUGAACACUGAUAUAUUUAUGUAUGAUUUAAAGACAAAAAAAAGGGAAUUUGUGUGAAAUAGCUAUUUGAAUUCUCACGAAUUAAAUAAAGCACAAUCAUAUGUUCUUGCUCUCAUUUGAUAUGAGCAUUAAUAAAAUGUUUUGUGAAUUCUUUAUUGGGCUGCCUCAGAGACCCAUCUGCACCCCUUAACCAGCUAGAUAUACAGAAGCUUAUAUAAAUGCAUUAUGUGCAUUAGUACGGUAAAUAUGGAACUUUUAAUUAUUUAUUUCAAAAUUUAAAUGCACCCACUUUACUUUUUGGUUAUAAUUCUGCCGGACAUUUGACCACUCCUUUUGGCAGAAUGAGCCGAUUUGAUUUAAAUUAGCAGGUUUACUGCAUGAAGUUCAGUUAUUUUAGAGUUGAGGUUUGGGCUAGGCAGGUUAGCCUACUUGAUUUGAUUAAAAAAAAUAAAUAACAGCCUGGAUGCGUGUUUGGACUGAUUAUCCUUCUGGACCACCAAACUGACCAACAGCAUUAGAGUUGGCUUUAAAUGCAAUAAUGUGGUAAUGCAGUAUUUCACCGUUUAUUGGCAACUAGACCAAUUAAAUCACCUCUAAAUCAAAAUCUAUUAAUAGCUGAACUUCGAAAACUCGGCAUGGACUUUCCUAAAGAUAAAUAUGGUUCUUAAAGCACAGUUUGUGAUUAAGUUUUAACCUAGACUUGCAUUUGUUAAAGAGAAUCUGGAAGCCAAAAAAAAAAG